GCAGCUCCGACACAGCAACCUGGUGCAGCUCCUGGGGGUGAUCGUGGAGGAGAAGAGCGGCCUUUACAUCGUCACCGAGUACAUGGCCAAGGGCAGCCUAGUAGACUACCUGCGGUCGCGCGGUCGGUCGGUCCUCGGUGCAGACUGCCUACUGAAGUUCUCCUUAGAUGUCUGUGAAGCCAUGGAGUACCUGGAAGCCAACAACUUUGUCCACCGAGACCUGGCGGCGAGGAACGUCCUGGUCUCAGAGGACAACAUCGCGAAGGUCAGCGAUUUUGGGCUGACCAAAGAAGCCUCCUCCACGCAGGACACAGGGAAGUUGCCUGUGAAGUGGACGGCGCCAGAAGCACUUAGAGAAAAGAAAUUCUCCACCAAGUCGGACGUGUGGAGCUUCGGGAUCCUCCUCUGGGAAAUCUACUCCUUCGGGCGAGUGCCUUAUCCGAGAAUCCCCCUGAAGGACGUGGUACCCCGUGUGGAGAAGGGCUAUAAGAUGGAUGCUCCCGAUGGCUGUCCUGCCGUCGUCUACGAGGUGAUGAAGAAGUGCUGGACCCUGGACCCUGGCCACCGA